AUGGCGCGAUCCGUGUUAAUAUGCUGGCGUUAUCGGUUGACCGUUGUUUGCGGAUUAUUGCUGUUCUGGUGCGAGCCGCUGCAGGCUUAUGCUAAUCAACAUCCACCACUAUCAUCGCCGGCGGCACAUUUGCAGCACGGUGACGACGAUGGCGUUCCAAUCACCACCACCGGAAACGGUGCCGAAACGGGUGGCUUCGAAGCGAGUGAUAUCUUCCGAUGCUGCGCCGAGGUUCAGGGAUCUUGCAAGGCGGCCUGCGAGAAUCUGUCGCUGGCACGCAUCGCGUCCGAACCAGGCUCACGGGAGGCCAAACUGGUGGACGUGCGCAAGUACUGUCCCCGCCAGCAGGUCCCCUUCUGGCGGUGCAUGAACGAGACGAUGGUGGCCGUCCAGCGGGGUGCGGGCUGGCCGGGCCGAAUCUGCUGCCCGUUGGCGAUGUCCGUCAGAUGUCAGCACGCGUGUGCCACGGGGUCAACGCGGGACGAUCUCCGGACGGGGUGUCGGGCGAGCGAUGAGCAGCAACUCUUCGGAUGCUUGAAACGUCAGGAGGAUGGUCACCGGUGCUGCAGCAGUGCCCGUACCGCCGAAUGUCUCGACGCGUGUGGCGAAGUGUUCCAGCGCUACCAGACACCGUCGAAAGCGUUGCGCGAACAGGUGCUGACGGCGUGCCGUACCAACAACAGUAACGUGAUGCAGUGCAUCAAGGGAUUCAUCGAUGUGACCUUCAACCGGAACCUGAAGCGAUAUGUCCCGUGCUGUGAUGCCUCACCGGAACCGAAAUGUCGUCGAGUCUGUCACGAGACGCUUACCGCCGGCGGGUCAGACACGGACCCGUACACGGUGGAGGAGAUGAUUGAUCUGCUGCAGCACCGGGGCGGAUGCGGUGCCCUGAUGCCGACGCAACCGCUGUGGAAGUGUUUCCUGGAGGCGGACAAACAACGGACCGCCGGUCAGCAGGCCAACUCGAACGAGGUGUCACGUAUCAACCAGAUCGGUAUGGACUCGGCGAAACAGCACUGCUGCCUGAAGGCCGAAUCCGUACGGUGCCGGCGCCUCUGCUCCACGACCUACGCGAACGAGUGGACGACGAAUUUGGUUGACUUUGAGCAGGAAUGCUUGGCGGCACCGGAUGAACACGCCCUUCGGCAGUGCAUCGACGAAGUGGACGAACCGUGCGAGCUGGGCUGUGACGGGCUGUCGUUCUGCAGCAACUUCAACAACCGUCCGACGGAACUGUUCCGCAGCUGCCGGCACCAGUCGGACAUGGCCGCCCGGGGUGAUGUGCAGCAGUGGCGCCAGCAGGGCUUCAUCCCCUUUCCCGGCGACGUGCAUCUGCCGAUACGCAACGAGACCGAAUGUUCGUACGAGAUCUGGAAGUCGAUCGCCUGCACGCUGCAGAUCAAACCCUGCACCAAGGGCUACCACACGAACCACAUCUGCCGGCAGGACUGUCACGAGGUGCUGAAGAACUGCGUCGACUGGGAGCGUAUGCCGGGUGGACACACGGUAUCCGCGCUUUGUCAGCAGUUGGCACCACAAAACAACUCCCUGCCCUGCAUCUCGAUGGGACGGUUCCAGGCGCACGGCAUUGGGCCGACCGGUAUGGUGGAUGGCGAGCAGCGGAUAGUAACGGACGUGGGCCUAGUGUCACCCUGCAAGGGUAAUCCCUGCAAUGCAACGCAGAUAUGUGUCGCCAAUCGGGACGGUACGUUCGGUUACCAGUGCAUCAACGGCUGUCCGCUGGGCGAAGCGUCCUCGUACCUGGUGCCGGUCGGUGCGUUCGUGCGCAUUCCAGUGUCGGUGACGCAGAAGGGCUGCCUGAAGGUGUGCCGCUGUGGUGAGUCGGGACGGAUCGAAAAGUGUCAACCGUUGCCGUGCAUCAGCUACGAUUCGUGUACGUUGGCCGGGAAGCGCUUUGCCCAUCUGAGCCACUUCUACGUCGAGUGUAACGUGUGCAGCUGCUUCGCCGAGGAAAUCACCUGCACCAAGAGACAGUGCCACGUGCCGGGCCUUACGGUGGAUAGGUCGUUCACGAGUUUGCCGUGUAACUGCCCGCCACACUACGUGCCCGUGUGUGGACGCAAUGGUAACACCUACCCUUCGGCCUGUGUGGCGAAGUGUGCCGGGAUUCAGGAGGGCGACAUUGAGUUCGGUCCGUGCCGGGCGCGGAAUCCGUGCGAACGGAUCGACUGUGGUGCGCUGUCGGUUUGUAUCCCCGAAUGGAACGUCUGCUUGUCCGGGAUGCAUAAACCCUGUCCACAGUAUCGAUGCGUAAAUCUCACAUCCUCGAACUGCUCCACGAUCACAGACAUCCGCGACACAAACCUGGGCUACCAUGCGAACCUCUGCAACAUGGCGUUCGAACGGGCCAGUUUCGCCUAUCGGGAAAAGUAUCGCAAAAUCUGCGAAACAUCACGCCGUCGGAAUCAGGUCUGUGGCGUGAACGGUGUGACGUAUCGGAGCGAAUGUGAGGCGUGGAGUGAUUACUCCACCGUCGACUAUAAUGGGCCGUGCCAGGAGGUGGGCCUCAUAAGUCCCACGCUCGAUGCGCGCUGCUCGUCCAUCAAAUGUCCCCGCCGGAAGAUGGCCAACUGUAAUCCCGUCCUGCCGCCCGGUGCCUGCUGUCCGGUGUGUGGAACCGCACUCCGCGUCGUGUACUCGCGCAAGCAGAUCGACCGGGGACUGUACGCGCUCAAGGGCCAAUCGACGGAGUAUCUCACACUAAAGUCCAUCCUCCGUUCGCUGGAAGCAUUGCUGCAAACUGUGGAGUGUCGGCUAAGCGGCCAACUUACGUUCGAGAACGAUCUGUACGUGGUGCUGGAAACGCUGAGCCGGGCACCGUCCCGCCUGCAGACACAGAUCUGUGCCCGGGAGGCGGAACGGCUCGUUACGCUCGUCCGCACGCAAAGCCACCGGAUCACGAGCGAGCUUAAUCUGAGCGCAUUGACAGUGGCGACACUGGUUACCGGUUCGAGCGGUACGUUCGCAGUGUACAGUAGCGUAAUAGUAGUGGUGGGAGUAACGGUAGUAAACUGUCUGGUCAGUGCCGGAUGGCAUUUACGACUGUGA